GCUCAGAGAGCUACUGCUGCACUUUGUUUCACUUCUUCUCAGGGAAAACGUCUUCUUCCUCAGCUGUCCUGGUCUUCUGUCCCUGUCCUCCUGUCUGGGUGUUGUAGCGUCCGUCCCGUCGUCAUGGACAGUCUGGAGAAGCAGCUCAUUUGUCCCAUCUGUCUGGAGAUGUUCACCAAGCCGGUGGUCAUCCUGCCAUGUCAACACAAUCUGUGUCGCAAGUGUGCCAACGACAUCUUCCAGGCAUCCAAUCCCUACCUGUCCACAAGAAGUGGCUCCACUGUGACAUCCGGCGGGCGUUUCCGCUGCCCAUCCUGCCGACAUGAGGUGGUUCUGGACCGACAUGGAGUCUAUGGACUGCAGAGGAACCUGCUGGUGGAGAACAUCAUCGACAUGUACAAGCAGGGGAGCUCCAGUAAACCCGUCCAGGAGGUGAAGCAGGAGCAGCCCAUGUGUGAGACCCAUGAGGACGAGAAGCUCAACAUCUACUGUCUGACUUGUUCCACCCCCACCUGUUCUCUCUGUAAGGUGUUCGGCGCUCACAAAGACUGUGAGGUGGCGCCCCUCAAUGAUGUCUUCAGCCGGCAGAAGACGGAGCUGACGGACUGCAUUUCCAUGCUGGUGGGGAACAAUGAGAGGAUUCAGGCCAUCAUGAAUCAGCUGGAUGAAACCUGCAGAACCAUUGAUGAAAACGGCCGUAGGCAGAAAUCAAAGGUGUGUGAGACAUUCGAUCGCUUGUUCGCGCUGCUGGAGGAGAAGAAAGGUGAGAUGACGGUGAAGAUCAAUGCUGAGCAGGUGGAGAAGCUCGACUACAUCCGAGGUCUGAGGAAUAAGUACAGCGAGCACCUGGAAGGCGCCGCCAAGCUGCUGGAAACGGCCUUCCAGAUCAUGGAGGAGCCGGAGAUGGCCGUGUACCUCCAGACGGCAAAACCUCUGCUGCAGAAACUCUUGGAGGGCACCAACCAUUCCCACCUGGAUACAGUCCAAAGAGGCUAUGAGAAGAUGGACCACUUCACAGCUAACUUUGAGCAGCAGAGAAAAGCGCUGGCAGAGGUCGACUUCAUCAAACUUGAUGAAGACGACGACGAAGAUGAGGAAGAUGUGGAGCUCAGAGGCCUGACAGGGGGAAGUAACACUGAGCCGCAGCAGGCUGCACCUGUAGCAGCUGCACGACCGCCGGCCAAUCAGCCACCUCCACUCUCACCCGUCCUCUCACCCACCCCCCAGAGGACAUCAGAGGCCCCGCCCACCCCAACCCCACUGACGAAGAGCCCUGUCCCAUCACCUUCCAGCCAGACACCCAAUCCUUUGCCCCUCCCCACCACCAGCCCUGCCCCUCAGUCGGAUCAGCAGGGCGACUCAGAUGACAAAGAUGGACCCAAACAUGUCUUCUCCUUCAGCUGGCUCAACCAGAAAUAGAACCUGUAGAACCAGUCCAGCUCCAGGACCUGGAUCAGUCUAACCCGGUCUUUGCUCUGCGGGACUUUAUGACAUUUUUGUUAUCCUUGUGUGAUAAAAGCUGCGCUGAUAUCCUGACACUGUUGGUUCUGCUCUUUCCAAAUGCAGAUUGAUGGAAAGAUUUUUUAUUUUCAUCUUUUCCUCCUCUGAUUGGACUCAUUCAGAAGUGUGGAUGAUGUUCAAUUGACGUUAAGACUCUAUAGAGGGAGUGGCAUAGAUCACGCCUCACAUGUUUUCUGUGAAAGUGUCAAAUAAAUUAUGGUUUUAUUAUGAA